AUUGAUGGAAGAUGGACGUCUAGCUGUAUCGCUCGUCUCAGAGCUAGCUGAGGAGCGCGUUCCUUGUCGGGAAACCAGGACAGGGCUCGAAAAGUCGGCAUCUGGAAUCACUGGAGCUGUUCGGAAGACCAGGAAUAGUUCUGGGCGUAGGGCGACUGGUCGAACUAUCUCUCGUGCGGCGUCUGAUUUGAAUUUGGCUUCAAAUCCCGCUGACGAGACUACUGUGAUGCCCACCGUUCCUAGCGAAUCUUGUGUUUCGGCUAACAGGAACGGCAAUGCAACAAGACGAAGGAAAUGGACGCGACAAAUGAAUAGGGAAGUGAUGUUUUGUUAUUACUACGUGCUGUUGUCAUGCAAGUUCUCUGCUUUCAGAAAACCCAUGCAUCAGCUGUGGUGUGAACGAAAUCCUUCUCUGACUGACGUCUCUGAGCAGCGUUUAGCAGACCAGAAGCGAUAUCUCUUAACUUCUGGAAGUCUGACUGAAUCAGAGUUGGAGGAGAUUAAACGCGAGGCCGCACAGGAUGGAAAGCCCGUCUCAGGUUUGUUAUCUGUUACGACUGAUGUUUGUCGUGGUGUGCAGAUGUCGGCGUUGGAUGUGGUUUCUGCUCUAUCAGCUGAUAGCUCAGUUGUCACGCCUUUGCUUGACAAUGUGUCACCUUGCAUGGCUUCAGUCAGGAUGGCGCCUGCUGCACGUGGUGGGAAAUCUGUCGUGUCAAUGAUGCAAGAGGAUCAUGAGUUUGCUAAUCACUUGGAAGAUGGCUCCCUUGUUCAGUCAGUCACUGUUCUCUCUAAGGACUGCUCAUCUGCAAGAGAUAGUGGUGAUAUCCUAUCCGUAGAUGACACUUUGGAUUCAGUUCAGUGUAGUGCUGUUGGGGAAUCACCAUCCCCUUGUGACUCUGUGAGCUCUGAUCUGAUGACUACACAUCCUAGUAUAGCUUCUCGGCUAGAAAGGAUGGAAACUUCUUCAUCUCAACUCAGUCCAGACUGCUGCCAAACGGAGGAUGGUCUUUCGCUUGAUUGUGAUGCUGCUGUGGACCCUGUACUUCGUCGAGAGUUUCUUGAGGAGUUGCAGAAAGUCAGGCAAAUUCCUAUCUGUGAGAGACAAUGCCUUCCAAGAAUCUUUGUGAACAGUGGAACCCUGAAGCUUAUUGGUGAUCUUAACACAAUCAUCAGUUCGUUAAAGGAUGAACCAGAUAUGAGUGAAAUCAGUUACCUGGUAUACUCUGCUGCUUCGCUAGUGUCCAAAAGGCGGGGCUUAAAGACGACGAAGUCAACCAAUUCUCAAACACCAACAUGGAGACGAAGGCUGGAUAUGGAGAUUCUCACACUUCGACGUGCGAUCUCACUGUUGCUGGAGGUUAGAAAGGGUUCAUCGGGCAUUCGUAUGUUACAUGAACUCCGACGUCUUCGGCAUCGGUUGGAGUGGCGAGCUUCGGUCGAACCGUCGUCCGCGCUGUUUCCGCCAUCAGAGUCUUUAAUUCCUCUAGAAGAAUCGAAAAGUUUGACUGCUCGCACUCUAGUCGGACGCACUGGUGGAAGACUGUUUAGCCAUUUGGAGGGCAACAAAUUUGACCUUGUGUCGGAGCGGCGCGAAAAAAAUGCAGUUAUAGCUCAGUAA